UGCUGUUCCCCUCCCGAUAAUCCGCGGUUAUUUCUGGCGGCUCAAGAGAUUAGAGGGUCAUGCUCAGCCCUCAGAGCCCCCUCCCCCUUUCUUUCCUCUCCCUCCUCCUGACCCCCACUCAGCAGCGACCCGCCAAGGGGCAGAAGUUGAGGAAGAAAAGGACGGAAGCCCCCGAGUCCCCCUGCCCCGAGGGAUCCAAGCCCCGGAGGAAACCUGGAGGCGGGCGGGGGGCCGAGCCCGGGGGUGCCCCCAAGGCCGGGCGGAGGGGGAAGCCGCGGGAGGAGCCCGCCCCGCAGCCGCCCGAGGCCCGGACGCCGCAGACGGUCUACACCAAGUUCCUCAGAGACCCCGAGGCCAAACGCGACCCGCGGGAAACCUUCCUGGUAGCGCGAGCCCGGGACGCAGUAGACGAGGAUGAGGAGGAAGAAGAGGAAGACCAUGAAGAGGAAGAGGAAGAGGAGGAGGAGGAGGAAAAGAAAGAGAAAAUCCCUCUGCCUCCCAAGAAGCCUCCUAAAGAGAAGACUUCCGCAGGCAUCAAGGAGAGGAGGGCCAAGGCCCAGGGUCAGAAGGGGGACCUGGGAAGCCCUGUCCCCCCAUCCAAACCUCUUCGAAUGAAGAAGAAGGAGGUACCAGCGGGGGAGGGGACCAAGAUGAGAAAGACAAAGAAGAAAGGGCCUGGGGAGGCUGACAAGGACACCUCAAUGAGCCCGACCAGAGUGACAAAGAAGAGCCCAGCAGCCAUGUUUCUGGUGGGGGAAGAUGGCCCCGCUGAGAAAGCUCGGAAGAAGAAAGGCACUCCCAAAGGCUCAGAAGAGGAGAGGAAGGAGGAAGAGGAAGAGGAAGAGGAGGAAGAAGUGACAAAGAACAGCAAUCAGAAGGGCAAAGCGAAAGGAAAAGGCAAAAAGAAAGCGAAGGAGGAGAGAGCCCCAUCUCCACCCGUGGAAGUGGAUGAACCCCGGGAGUUUGUGCUUCGGCCUGCCCCUCAGGGCCGGACAGUUCGCUGCAAGCUGACCCGGGACAAGAAGGGCAUGGAUCGGGGCCUGUAUCCCUCCUACUUCCUGCACCUGGACACAGAGAAGAAGGUGUUCCUCUUGGCUGGCAGGAAGCGGAAACGUAGCAAGACGGCCAAUUACCUCAUCUCCAGCGACCCUACCAAUCUGUCUCGAGGAGGGGAGAAUUUCAUUGGGAAGCUGAGGUCCAAUCUCCUGGGCAACCGCUUCACUGUCUUUGACAACGGGCAGAACCCGCACCGCGGAGGAGGCAGCACUGAUGUGGGGCGCCUUCGGCAGGAGCUGGCAGCUGUGAUCUAUGAAACCAACGUGUUGGGCUUCCGAGGUCCCCGGCGCAUGACGGUAAUCAUCCCAGGCAUGAAUACGGAGAACGAGAGGGUCCCCAUCCGGCCGCGAAAUACCAGCGAUGGGUUGCUGGUGCGCUGGCAAAACAAGACACUGGAGAGCCUCAUCGAGCUGCACAACAAGCCCCCCGUCUGGAAUGAAGACAGCGGCUCCUACACCCUCAACUUCCAAGGCCGAGUCACACAAGCCUCCGUCAAGAACUUCCAGAUCGUUCACGCCGAUGACCCCGACUACAUUGUACUGCAGUUCGGCCGCGUGGCCGAGGACGCCUUCACCCUAGACUACCGGUACCCGCUGUGCGCCCUGCAGGCCUUCGCCAUCGCCCUCUCCAGUUUCGAUGGGAAGCUGGCCUGCGAAUGACCCCAGCAGCCCCCAGCGCCCCCAGCGCCCUCCAAGGGUGGGGGAAAGGAUUCAGUGGAGGGUUGCAGUGUCUAUUCACCAAAGCCCCCACUGAAGACUCCUCUCUUGUCGGGGGCUGACCCCUCACUGUCUCUGAGUGACCUCCAUCCACUCUCCAGCCUGGCACAGGCCGAGGCAGGGGAGGAGCUCAGACGGCGGUCCGACAGAGAUGAAGAACAUCUGGAGUUGGGAGCCACACAUCUGGUCGCGGAGCUAGCCUGCGCCGCUUCACCAGCCGCCCCCCCUUCCCCGCCCCGAGCCCCAGUCACUUCCUGUCCAGGAGCAGUAGUCAGUGUUGUUUUAACCCCCUCCGGGAUCGUACU